AUGGACUCCUCCUCGUCUGUCCCCAGCUCCCCUGAGCUCGCCUCCAGCAGUUCCAGCGCCAGCAUCUCCAGCCUCCAGUCGCUGGCCUCGCCCAUGUCUCCUCCCGCCGACCUCGUGGCUGACGAGUUCGUCUUUGCCUUUGACAUUGACGGCGUGCUCGUUCGCGGUGGACGGGCCAUUCCUGAAGCCAUUGAGGCUAUGAGGGUCCUCAACGGGGAGAACGAAUAUGGCAUUAAAGUGCCUCACAUCUUCCUGACCAACGGCGGUGGCAAGACCGAGGAGGAGCGCUGCGGAGACCUCUCUAAGCAACUCCUUUGUGAUAUCAAGCCUGGCCAGUUCAUCUGCGGCCAUACGCCUAUGCGUGAAAUGUCCGAAAAGUACGGCACCGUCCUGGUGGUUGGCGGCGAGGGCGAGACCUGCCGCCUGGUGGCCGAGGGUUACGGCUUCAAGGACGUUGUCACCCCGGGAGACAUCAUCAAGCAUGACUCUGCUACUACGCCCUUCCGCAAGCUCACUGCCGAGGAGCACGCCAACUCGCGUGAGCGAGACUUCUCCGACGUCACCAUUGACGCUGUCUUCGUCUUCGCCGACUCGCGAGACUGGGCCGGCGAUAUCCAGAUCAUGCUCGACCUAGCCAUGUCCAAGGGUGGCCGUCUGGGCACGCGCAGCGAAACCUUUGACGAUGGUCCCCCUUUCUACUUCUCCCACAACGACGUCGUCUGGUCUGCUGCUCACGAGCAUGUCCGCCUCGGCAUGGGCGCUCUCCGCCGCAUGUUCGAGGUCACCUUCAAGGACCUCACCAACGGUUCUGGCGUCCUGCACACGCACGCCUUCGGCAAGCCCCAGGUCUCGACCUUUGAGUUCGCCUCUCGCCUCAUGGGUCAAUGGCGCAACACCGAGCACGGCCUCGUCGCGCCCCCUGAGACGGUCUACUUCGUCGGCGACACCCCUGAGAGCGACAUCCGCGGCACCAACGCCGUCAACGAGAAGGCAGACAACGACUGGUACAGCAUCCUCGUUGAGACGGGUGUCUACGAGGAGGGUACUGAGCCUGCCUACAAGCCCCGCGCCACUGUCGUCAACGUCCUCGACGCUGUCAACCACGGCAUUAGGCGCGAGAUGGCCAAGAAGGCCGCCGCAGCCAGCACUCUCAAGCCUGAUGUUCUGGCUGAGUCUGUCUGCAACAAUGGCCCUGCCAUUGUGGACAUGGAUGGUCUCACCAUUUGA